UUUGUAUUGAAACAGUGAGUCGUAAAUGAAAUUUCCUACGAGUAAGAUGGAAUCGAACAAUGUAUUCAAUCCAACCGUUAGAAUUAAAGAGGAAAUAACGGAUGAGUCGCUCAUGGAGUAUGAUGAUUACAACAUAACGAACGAGACAUCCGAAAGCAAAAAUUUCCAAUACUCGAGUGUUCCGCGGGAAAAUUCUAUCAAUGAGAUUCAAAAGUUUGAACAAAACCAUGAUUACGGACUUGACGACGACCUACACGAAGAAUUUGAAUGUCAGGACGUGAAGAUAGACGUAAAUUCAUCAGCGAUCAGGAAAAUUGACGAUUAUUCUCAACGAUACUCGCAAGACACGAUUAAAAUAGAAACUCCGGUAGACGUGAAAGAAGAAUUAGUUAAUGACGAUUCGGAAGAUUUCAAUGCAAGUGUCAAGGGCGAGCUCGGACAGAGACAUAAAAAUAUCAAAGAGCUCAAUCAUGGAAUUAGACUCAGAACAAAUAUUGAUUUGGCGAAUAAUAGUAUUGCUCCAGCUUGCGAUAAGCGCAAAAAGACAUUCAUGCGAAAAAGACAUCUCGAAGUCCACACAAAUAGUAUUCAUGAUGAUAUCACUCACCCAUGUCAUAUUUGUGGAAAGACUUUCAAGCGAAAGAUAUAUCUCAAAGCCCACGUCAAUUCAGUACAUAAUAAAUUGAAGCCUUACAAAUGUGAUAAAUGUCAAGUGUCAUUCGCCUACAAAAAUGUUCUCAAAAACCACAUUAAUGCUGUGCACGGUAAAAUAACUUAUCCAUGUCAUGUUUGUGGAAAGUCAUUCGGACAAAAGAGUUAUCUCAAAAUGCACAUGAAUAGAGCCCACAAUAAUUUUAAGCGUUACCAGUGUGACGAUUGUCAAAAGUUAUUCUCUACAAAAGGAUAUCUAAAAAUUCACGUCGAUUCGGUGCACAGUGGAAUCACCCAUGGAUGUGAUACUUGUGGAAAAUCAUUCCGACAAAAGAGUCAUUUAAAGGUCCACAUCGAGUCGGUGCAUCGUAAAAUAAGGCACACGUGCGAUAUAUGCCAAAAGACAUUCUUACUGAAGAGUAGUAUCAAAAAUCACAUAGAGUCGGUGCAUAAUGGUGUUUCCUAUGCAUGUGAUGUUUGUGAAAAGACAUUCACUCAAAAAGGUCAUCUUAAAAACCACAUCGAAUCGGUGCAUAAUGGUAUUUCACAUGCAUGUGAUUUUUGUGGAAAGACAUUCACUCAAAAAUGUAAUCUCCACAGACACCUCAAAUCGAUGCAUUAUAAAAUCACGCAUCCAUGUGAUACAUGCCAAAAGACAUUCUCUGACAAGAGUAGUCUCAAAAAACACAUCGAUGCGGUGCAUAAUAGUGUCACAUAUGCGUGUGACAUUUGCGGAAAUGUAUUCAAACGAAGAGGUGAUCUCAAUAGGCACAUCGAUUCGAUGCAUAAUGGUGUCAGUCACGAAUGUAAUAUUUGCGGAAAUGUUUUUAAACAUAAAGGCGAUCUCAAAAAGCACAUCGAUUCGAUGCAUCAUAAAAUAAAGCAUGCAUGUAAUAAAUGCCAAAAGACAUUCUCACAAAAGAGCCAUCUCAAAGUCCACACCGAUUCGGUGCAUAAUGGUGUCAGACAUGCAUGCGAUGUUUGCCAAAAGAUGUUCGCAGACAAGAGUUAUCUCAAAAGACAUAUCGAUUCGGUGCAUCGUAAAAUCACGUUCACAUGUGAUAUUUGCGGAAAGAAGUUGAGCAAGAAGAGUAAUCUAAAGAGGCACAUCGAUAGUAAGCACAAUGAUGACACCCGCGCACAUAUAACUCAAUAAAUGUAUGAAAUUUACUUUUUAUAAUAUAAAUUUACCUCUAAUGACGUAAUUUCUUGGUGAAAGAACAACUCCUAAAAUUUGUAAUCAAUAAACUUUUGACAAAAAAGAAA